GUAGAUCUCUUGUUCGGCCUCUAUUUUUGAGGAUCGUGAACCACUCGUGAGUGCCAUGGCUGGAGCUUUAGUGCAAUGGACAAACAUUUCUUCACUGGUUUCUAGUAAAGGAGUAGUAAAUUUUAAGCGAUCUUCUGGAAAAGGGAGAAGGGGUGUGUCAAUGCUUUGUUCUUCGAAUUCAUCACAUGCUUUGCAAUUGAGAGGCGGUUAUGUCGGAUUGAGGGGCGGAAAUGCAAUAGACAUGAUAGGGAGAUCGCGGGAAACAUUUCAUUCUAAAGUGGCCGCAGCUCUUUCCCGCAGACGAGGAGGGAGGGGUGGCCGUCUAGUCGUUAAGGCCAUGUUUGAGCGGUUCACAGAGAAAGCAAUAAAGGUGAUUAUGCUUGCACAAGAGGAAGCUAGGCGUCUCGGACACAAUUUUGUUGGAACAGAACAGAUUCUGCUUGGUCUUGUUGGAGAGGGAACUGGAAUAGCUGCUAAGGUUCUCAAAUCAAUGGGUAUUAAUUUGAAAGAUGCUCGUGUGGAGGUGGAGAAGAUUAUCGGAAGGGGAAGUGGGUUUGUUGCUGUUGAGAUUCCUUUUACUCCCCGUGCAAAGCGUGUAUUGGAGCUCUCUCUCGAGGAAGCCCGCCAGCUAGGCCACAACUAUAUUGGGUCCGAGCACUUGCUCUUGGGUUUGCUUCGUGAAGGUGAAGGAGUUGCGGCUCGAGUUCUUGAAAACUUAGGUGCUGAUCCAAGUAACAUUCGAACACAGGUCAUCAGAAUGGUUGGUGAAAGUGCUGAAGCUGUUGGUGCUGCUGUUGGAGGAGGAACUUCAGGACAAAAGAUGCCAACUUUAGAGGAGUAUGGUACCAAUUUGACAAAGUUAGCUGAGGAGGGAAAACUGGAUCCUGUAGUUGGAAGGCAGGAGCAAAUCGAGCGGGUAACUCAAAUUUUGGGUCGACGUACGAAGAACAAUCCUUGCCUUAUUGGAGAACCGGGUGUAGGGAAAACAGCUAUUGCUGAAGGUUUAGCUCAACGAAUUGCCACUGGUGAUGUUCCUGAAACAAUUGAGGGAAAGAAGGUUAUUACCCUCGAUAUGGGCCUUCUUGUUGCUGGGACGAAGUACCGAGGAGAGUUUGAGGAAAGACUGAAGAAGCUUAUGGAGGAAAUUAAACAGAGCGAUGAGAUCAUACUAUUCAUAGAUGAAGUUCACACAUUGAUUGGCGCUGGAGCAGCCGAAGGGGCCAUUGAUGCAGCAAACAUACUGAAACCUGCUCUAGCUCGCGGUGAACUUCAGUGUAUUGGAGCAACAACACUUGAUGAAUACCGCAAGCAUAUAGAAAAGGAUCCCGCAUUAGAGAGAAGAUUCCAACCGGUUAAGGUUCCCGAGCCAACUGUGGAUGAAACCAUACAAAUACUGAAAGGGCUUAGGGAGCGCUACGAAAUCCAUCACAAACUCCGCUAUACAGAUGAAGCGUUGGUUGCUGCUGCACAGCUUUCAUACCAGUACAUCAGUGACCGUUUCCUUCCCGAUAAGGCAAUUGACUUGGUUGAUGAGGCGGGUUCUCGUGUUAGACUUCGCCAUGCACAGCUUCCCGAGGAAGCGAAAGAACUCGAGAGAGAGCUUAGGCAGAUAACAAAGGAGAAGAAUGAAGCCGUCCGCGGUCAAGACUUUGAGAAGGCCGGGGAGUUACGUGAUAGAGAAAUGGAUCUGAAGACGCAAAUCACGGCGUUGGUAGAUAAAACCAAAGAAAAAAGCAAAGCGGAAAGCGAGGCGGGGGAUGAAGGCCCGGUUGUGACCGAAGCCGAUAUCCAACACAUUGUCUCGUCAUGGACCGGAAUACCCGUCGAGAAGGUAUCGACGGAUGAGUCCGACCGUCUCCUAAAAAUGGAAGAGACGCUCCACACCCGAGUCAUCGGUCAGGACGAAGCGGUCAAGGCCAUAAGUCGGGCCAUCCGACGGGCACGUGUCGGGCUCAAGAACCCGAACCGGCCCAUAGCCAGCUUCAUCUUUUCCGGCCCCACCGGGGUCGGGAAGUCCGAACUCGCGAAAGCGCUUGCGGCCUACUACUUCGGAUCGGAGGAGGCGAUGAUCCGGCUCGACAUGAGCGAGUUCAUGGAGCGGCACACCGUCUCGAAACUAAUCGGCUCCCCGCCCGGGUACGUCGGUUACACCGAGGGCGGGCAGCUGACCGAGGCCGUCCGCCGCCGCCCGUACACGGUCGUCCUCUUCGACGAGAUCGAGAAGGCCCACCCAGACGUCUUCAACAUGAUGCUCCAGAUCCUGGAGGACGGGCGGCUCACGGACAGCAAAGGCCGGACGGUGGACUUCAAGAACACGCUCCUCAUCAUGACCUCCAACGUCGGGAGCAGCGUGAUCGAGAAGGGCGGCCGCCGGAUCGGCUUCGACCUGACGUACGACGAGAAGGACAGCAGCUACAACCGGAUCAAGAGCCUGGUCACCGAGGAGCUCAAGCAGUACUUCCGGCCGGAGUUCCUGAACCGGCUCGACGAGAUGAUCGUUUUCCGGCAGCUGACGAAGCUGGAGGUGAAGGAGAUAGCGGACAUAAUGCUGAGGGAGGUGUUCGAGAGGCUGAGGGGGAAGGAGAUUGAGUUGCAGGUGACGGAGAGGUUCAGGGACAGGGUGGUGGACGAAGGGUACAACCCCAGCUACGGGGCGAGGCCCUUGAGAAGGGCAAUCAUGAGGCUUUUGGAGGACAGUAUGGCGGAGAAGAUGCUUUCGCGGGAGAUCAAAGAAGGGGACUCCAUCAUCGUGGACGUCGACUCCGACGGGAAUGUGACUGUCCUUAACGGAAGCAGUGGCACUCCCCCUGAGCCUUUGUCUGCUCAGUCAAUUGCCCUCUGAGGUUUCUCUAUAAACUGUAAGUUUUCUUUUCCUAAACCUUUUCCUCUGGGGGGUAGGGGUCUGUAUUUGCAUUAUUAUGGUCUUAAGGACCCCCCCCCACCCCACAAAAAAAAAAAAAAAACUGUAUUGGAGUGAGUUGACAGUUGUGUAGUAGUAUAUACUCUGUUGAGUAUCAUGUAAACCUAAAAAAAAAGAAGAAUUUGCCCCCACCCCACUUGUAACAUAUAUAUCCACACUACUUUUCCUAAUUCU